AUGGUCUUGAAAGACGAUCCGAAUCAUUACGAUUUAACGACAAAGUUACUGUAUUUGGAGCAGAUUAAAAGUAAUGCCGUCGAUGCUCGCUUCGUUUAUAAUCGAUGGAAAGAUACGAUCAGAAUUUUAACACCUUUACCCACAAGUAUGAAAUUAGACGAUCCGUGUAAAUCAUCGUUAGAAUGUCUAUUAUUUGUUCAACAUAGUUUCUGCGAUUGGGAUGAUAGGAUCUGUUCCUGCCAACCUUACCACAUUCGAUAUAAUGAUACCGCUUGUCUGCCAGCUUCGCUGCUUGGUUUCGGAUGUGCGGUCGAUGAGCAAUGCACUCUGAAAGUACCGCAUAGUGAAUGCAUCAAUGGAUUAUGUCAAUGUCAACCCAAUCAUGUGCCACUUCGUCGAGACAAAUGCCUUCCACCUGCAACAGUUGGAGAUUAUUGUCUGAAUAAUGUUCAGUGCCAUUUAUCCAGCCCUUUCAGCUAUUGCAAAUACAUCAUACCAAGGAUCUACGGAAAAUGCCAAUGCCCAUAUGGCUAUCUAGUCACGGAAGAUGAUAAAUGCCUUCCUUGUGAGUAA